UGUAUUGCGCGAUCGCACAUUUUUAUCCGCUUGAUUGCAUAAAUCUUGCCUCGAGUGGAAAUAUAAGUGAUGGAUGAUUUUUCCGAAAGUGGUUCACGGGAGUGUUGUCAAACUUCUGGGCGCUUCAACUGGAUGCGCGAGAGAUUAAACGUACUUUUGAGUUCCGGUGGGGUCGCCGGAAGUAGCUGAGCGUGACGGCGACGGUGCUAACGGAAAAACGUGGGAACUUGCGUCGCGUAGCCGCGCUUCGCCGCUGCUCCAUUAGUUAACGCACGCUAAUCGCGACCUCGAGGAUAUAAUCACAUUAUACUCUUUGCGACAAGUGUUCUUUUAUCGCGGGAAAAUUUUUAAAUUUCCAAACUGAUAUCGCGUGUGAAUUUCUCGUGUUGACGAUAAAUAGAGACAAUUGCGUCAAGUAAAACGUAUAAAAAAAAGAGGCAAUAAUGAAUGAAAGAGCUCAACUUGUUUAUGCUUCUCGGAUGUCAAAUGCAUUAAUUGCCUCGUCGGAAGCGUUGCGCUCAACGGCUAAUUAGAUGGGUGGGAAAAUAUUGCACCGACUAAAUUACGGAAAUUCACAGGAGAACUAGUUUGUAAAAUAUAUGGACCCAAAGUCUUUUUCGCCUGUGAUUAAUUGGUGCAUUAAAGCAGCGCGUGAAGUUAGUUUAAUUGAUUGUACGUAUAAUAUCCCCGAGUGAAGUGCUCCGAGAGAAAAGGUCCACCCAUAGAACGUACAGAAUACCAGAUUCGAAAGUUGAAACGGAGCUAGUUCUAGUCUCUAGUAUAUACCCCUGUCCGUCCGACAUUUACACAGUUGAAUAAUUUGUAACGAGAUUCGUGUGUGAAAUUUGCGCCAAAAGUAAUAUUCUUGGCGACGAGGCUGUAAUAUUUUGUGAGAAAACGACGAAAAGAAGGAAAAAUGAAAAGCGAGACCAGUUAGAGAGCAAGAAAAAUACGAUUGAAAUUUGCGAUGCGCUUUGCAGCGACGGACGUAUUGAGGACACGGGCAGUCAUCGUUUAAAAAUAACAGAAAGAGAUCGUAAGACAUCAUCACGUAAGUGUCGGCAGAGCCGACUGCAUUGUGCUGCAGCAGAAUACGUGCAGUUUCGCCACUGUUAUCCGCGAGGUGUUCGCGACGUCUACAACCAGCGGGCUGAGAGGAGAGAGAGUGAGGAGAGACUUGGAGAGUGGAAAGACUUGGGCCGCGAGACCAGAAACGGAGAGAGAGACUGAUCGGAAUCCCACUCUUCUAGGUGGAAUCUCUGACGUCAGCCUGGAGCAAGUCGUAUGACCAGUUCGGGACGCUUGCUGGUAAAAAGAGACGAGUGAAAAGAAGAAGAGGAGGAAGAGUAGGAGAAAGAGGAGAAGGCAACAGCCUCUCCUCUCUCACGUCUAUCUGGCUACGUUUUUACCGGCCGGCUCUCGGGAGCAUCUCGCGGCCGCCAUGUCCUCCACGCAUCGCGACAUCCAUCACCAGUAGUAGCGUUUGCCCCUACCUCUCUUUUUCUCUCUCUCUCUCUCUCCUUCUCUCUCUCUUUCUCCCUCCGUCUUUUAGCGGCAUCCAUUCAGUGGCCGGACUAAAAUUACCCUGCUGGUCGGUUACGAUCUACGCGUGAGCGAAGUGCUGAGCUCCAGCGCGGAGCGUUUCGGAGCAGGCUGCGGCCUGUGAGGUGUACCUGAUGCACGAACGAUUGAUGGAUACAAGUGUGUGAACGGAUGCUGCGUGAGACCAGGCCAAUCUCGAUUUCGCGACAGGAUAGCGCUUGACUCCGCUGGUACCUUCGUUGUUCUUGGUGGGAAGUGGUCUGUGGAAUGUCAUUCGAAAGGGUUCAUGAAUAAUCUAAAAAGAAUUCAGAGUCCACAUCGUAAUAAAGUGGAAGAAGUCAUUUGCUGACAAAUUGAAACACAACGAUACAGGUACACGUAGUGCUUCUGGCGGAUCUUUCAACAUUUCAAUGAGUGUUUGCGUAUGCUCGAAAAGAAACCUCGUCAAUUUUCUCUCUCUUAUCCUGUGACACAAGAAGAUAAGUGCGCGACGUAAGGGUCACACCUGUGUCGCUGAGUGUGGAUGUCAUUAGACAUCAGUGACAUUGCGUAUGGUGCGUGAAAGGAUACGUGGAACUGCCGACGAUUCAUUGUAUUUGGAUAUUUGACGCGAGAGGUACUGCUCAUCGUGAAAACAUCGCCAUCCGAGAGAAAUGGGAAACCACCCGUCCGCCCACCAGCCACUCGAGAGGGCUACCAGUCAUGCUGGAAAUGGUCUUCGCCUCUCGAAGCGCGAGAGGUCGCCGGGAAAAAGAAUGGAUAGGCUUCGACGAAGCUUCCGGGACAGUUUCCGGCGGCGGAAAGACCCUCAUGUGCCCGAGUCUAGCAAGCCACACCAGUGGCAAGCAGAUGAAAGUGCCGUGCGCUCAGCUACAUGCGCUUUUCACGUUAAGUACCUAGGAUGUGUGGAGGUCUUCGAAUCGAGGGGUAUGCAGGUUUGCGAGGAGGCCCUUAAAGUUCUCCGAAACUCAAGACGAAGACCGGUGCGAGCGAUACUACACGUGUCCGGCGACGGAUUGCGUGUCGUCGAGGACGAAACGAAGGGGUUAAUUGUCGAUCAGACAAUUGAAAAGGUGUCGUUCUGCGCGCCGGACAGGAAUCACGAGAAGGGAUUCAGUUACAUUUGCAGGGAUGGCACGACGAGGCGGUGGAUGUGCCACGGAUUUUUAGCAUUAAAAGAAUCGGGAGAGAGAUUGAGUCACGCAGUGGGCUGCGCCUUCGCCGCGUGCCUGGAGAGGAAGCAACGACGAGACAAAGAAUGCGGAGUUACAAUGACUUUCGAUACGAAGACUUCCAUCUUCACGAGAAGCGGCAGCUUUAGGCAUCCGAAUUUAGCGGAACGAUUGCAAGAAGCGCGCGAUCGUGCAGCAGAAAUUCCUCCGGUUAGGCAAGUGUAUAAUCCUUUCGCGAUCGAGAGGCCACACGCUACUUUAUCUAUGCUGGAGCGGCAAGGUUCCUUCCGGGGUUUUUCACAGUUAAGUCAAGCGUCCCCAUUUAAAAGGCAGCUCAGUCUACGAGUCAACGAUCUUCCUAGUACUCUCGAACGCACACGUAGUCACAGUCUCGAGCCAACGGAUUUGGCGCGGAUGCCUUCAGCUCAUUCGCACAUCGUACCCUCGAAGCCCCCAGAAUUCGAAGGAUAUGACGAAGUGAGCCCGAUACCAGAAAUAUUCCCCGGUGAUCACGACAGCGUCUCCGCGAUGUGUCAGCAGCUUUCUCAAGGGCUUUCUCUGCUCUCGAGCAGCGACGACUUCGGACCGAUGCCGUCGUCCCAGCCUGCCACGAGCUCCGUCGCCAAGCAGCUUUUCACCAGUAGCACCACCAGCUCUCCUCCAGUAACGAGUAGCAACUCGUUGGACGAGAUGAAAUUGCAGAACGGUCCCAAUAUCAGUAACAACGAUAACAACGACAAAAACGAGGAGCUCAGUAGUCUGAAUCAUGUUGGACCCAGUUGGCAAGAGUCCGCAUCCCCCGUUCUCGCGUCGAAUCACAGGCUUACGCCCCGCCUUAAGGGGAGCAACUUGAGUCCCGUUCUUCCAAGGACGAACGCGCCCACCCCGGUCGUUAUGAGCACGCCCGCACCUGUUUCCUCUAGCGUAGGUGCCUUCGGCACGCCGCCGUCGGCGGCGAGUCCUGCUUUCAGCACGGCUUCUACGUCCUCUUUAGGAAACACGUCUACGCCGGCCGUGAACAGAUCGCCGAUCCCAAUAAAUUCCGUGAUAACUCCAAAAACAAGUUCUCCUAGUACCAGCGUAGCAUCCGUUUCCCCGGCGGUUUCUGACGCUCAAGUCUCAUCAACAACUGGAAUCCCGACGGCUUUAGUGCAACCACUUUCCACGGCAGCUGGUUUGCCGAAACCAGAACAAUGGUUGGGUAGCAUAACCGGCUCUGUACCGUCGCCAGCGUCGCAGGUAACCGUCAGUCCUCGACGUGCGCCUCCUCUUCACACGAGAGCGCACUCGCUCGGAUCGGCUGCGAUGAGCCUGACUUCCAGAGGACCUUCUGAUCCCUUCGACGUCGAAUGGGCGGAGAUCGCUUCCAGAAAUAUGCAGCAGUCGUCCACGACGAAUCCCUUCAUCAUGCCGAACGCGACCCAGGCGUUCCAAGUGCAGUUGUAGCGUCAGGAGUUCAUCAACAACGUCGCCAAGUAUUUCCACUCAAGCACAUAGCGGCAACACGCCCGCCCGCGCUCCGACCAUGCACACGAUCGAAAGUACUACACGUGAGCCGCGUGUUCUCGACCCGAUCGCAAACACCGUCGAGUUUCCAGAUGGAUAGUAACGGUAUAUGAAGUGCCAUUAAAAAGUUUUCAAACUGAUAUUACGAGGCGGAUUGAAGCGAUGAAACAGGGAUGCUCCAUUAAAAUGUGGAUACCGCGGGUCUCGUGAAUUAAUAUGCCAGAGUGCUGCUAUUAUUGAGCGUUAUGCGGUUCAUCUUUUUGUCGACGAUCCAAAUGUCUAUCUACUAUUGUCACGACAGAUGCAAAAUUUGAAGUAACACGCAUGCAAAUUUUGUGUGAAGCUAAAGAUAUAUCUCUAAAAACCAAAUCGAAUGCUCCCACAAUCUUUAAAAAUAGAGCACUGGAAAAAAAUUUUAAUUUGUGAGUGAUACGGAACUGAAAAUCUUCAAGAAAUCAAGAUCAAGUAAUUAUUUUCUUGUUGUAAUUUUCACGCAACAAAUAGAUCGAUUCGGCGAUGAAUCCUUAAUUGUUUAUAAAAUAUAAAAUGUUCGGUAGACUUUGGAGAUGUUUUCACGUGUCUCGCUUCAAUUUUGUAUCUCUCAGUCGCAGACUGACACCUAAACGAACAAAACUUCGGCGAACAAAGCUACAAGCAAUACUAUACUUAUUGUUAGUCGAAUAUAAUAGUAGCAGAUGUUUCGGAAAAAGAAAAGUUUACUAUAGUAUAACUUCCACAAUCUGAACUAAUCUAUAAUUCAUACUCCAAUAUUUUAAUCGUAUGUUGAAAUGUCGAAAUGUUUUUAAUCAUGUAUAGAAAGGAAUGAUAUAUGAUUACAUUUCUUUAAUAAACCUCAGAAAAUCGAGGUCUAUGUAGGGUGAGAAAUCGAAUCCUCGCCAAUUACAAAUCACAACGUGCUCGCACGAGUCAUUCGUUACCCCAUAAUAUUAUACUUAAUAAUUACAGCAUUAUGUCACUUGGCAUAUUGACUCAUGAGAUCUGCGGUCUCCACCUGCUCACGUCUCUACCUUAUUUCUAUACUAUGAGGUACAGAAGGUAUCGCAAUAGAUUCUCGCCUCGCAAUAUCAGUUCAAUAACUUAUUGAUCGCACCUCGUAAGUUCACCGUGAGACCUAUCGAGAAGCUGGGCCGAAGGAGCGCGACGAUUCCUCUUGUCGAAUCGGCGCUCACUACAGCAACGACGGUAGCAGCGAAAUGAACCAGCACAAAAAUAUCAGCGUAAAAUAUACUUAAUAGAUAGAUAAGUAUAUACGCGCACAGCCUUAACGACCUCAGUAAGAAUUAAAAUUAAAAAAAAAACACGCAUAUAAGCAUAUAAGCAGACGCCCGCGGGGUGACGCGUGACACGGGGGAAGGGGGGGAUACGAAGUUUCACGCACCGAUAAUAACAGGCUACAUCUCGUCAGCCGAUUAAGUAGAAGCAAUAGAUGUCGCGAACGUACGCGUACAAGCGGAGUUCUCGACGCUACGAAUAAUAUCUUAUACUUAAAUGUCUAUCACGCGAUAUCGUAAUUGGAUAUCCCAAUUAUCUUGAGUAGAGUUAGGCUCGAACCGAGCGAUUAUCGUCGUUCUGCAUGAAAAACGAAAUUGUACGCACUCAAGAUUACGCUGCACCUUUACUGUUAUUUUUUUUCAAAAAAAAAAAAAAUAAGAAGAAAGGGAAAACUAUGUAUAGGAUGGUUGCCACUUCGUGAUCGUAUCGUGACCUGAAUCACGAAGUGCGGUGAACCGUACCUUCCGCAGGAAGGAGACUUGCAUUUCCGGCAAGCUCGCCCGGCUCGGACAAGCACUCGGAUAGACACGUUUCUAUCCGAACGUAGACGUGAGGGGGUUUAACAUCCGCGAGGAGACUGUGAUAUUGACGUGAAGUGGCCAGUACUUAAAUGAACAGGGUCGAAUGGAUUAUUGAAGUAUCGUGAGGAACUUGCUCAAGGUCAUUGCGCCGCGUGGUAGCACAGAAUGAGUGAACGUGAGUUCGGGCACCACAGACUAUCGUCCUGUAGCCGGUCAAAAAAAAAAAAAGAAAGAAAGAAAGAAACACCCCAAUUAAAUUACUUAAGAUUAGCUGUUAAAGACUAGCGGAGAUACAAUAUGUCUUACACUGUCGUUGUCUAUUAUACAUACGAUCGUGUUGCAUUUAUCAUGAGGACCGAGGAGCGGGAUGACGAAGCGCGUAGAAAUUUCUCGCACGAGGAAUAUAUAACGCUCGCGGAAAUAAUCUUUCUCUAGGACGGUGCUUCCGCUCUGUAAUAAUAGUUGCGAAAAUCGCUUGUCGAGCCGAUCCUCGAGUGUGAGUAUCAUAUCUACUGAUUUGAUCGCGCUCAGCUAUUGUACAGCGUAGCGACCGAAGGAGUUUCCUCAGUCCCGUGUAGUAAUUGAUAUAGUAUCCCGUGAGAUAUCAGUAUUGCGCCUCGCAGCUUUCUGUACGUCUUUCAAGUUAACCGCUGCACUUUCGGUUUUUCGAAACGGAUCGAGGGUAAACGGUCGAGGAAGGCCAAGGGGAGAUGUUACAAGAGAGAUAAUUGAGGCGUGUGUGUAUGCAUUGUACAUAGAUUAGUUAUUUAAAAAAAUGUAAUGCGACAGUAUAGGAGAGUAUGGAGAAAUUGCAGAGAGAGAGAAAGAGAGAGAGAAAGCGUGUGUGUCAUUCAUUAAGCCGGCGACUCAGCAAUGAGGCGAGAGAAAUUCUUCCUAGAGUUCAAUCGAAGCGAAUAAUUGAAUUAUAACUAUAUAUAAUAGUAUUUUAUAAUUUUAUAAACGAGAGACAUAUGGAAGAGAGAGAGAGAGAAAGGAGAUGAUGCUACGAUUCUGCGUCAUGUAAAAGAGAUCUGCAGCUCACCUUGUAAAUUAUAAACAUUAUAAAUUGUAAAUUAUAAGUUAUGUAAAUUAUAUGUUUGGUGAUGGUCCUUCUUGCAUUUAAGAGUAGUAGAUUGUGUCACGCCUGAGAACGUGUCAUGCCCAAUAAUUCUAACAAAUGAAUACGUAAAUACAUGUAAAUAUCGCCGCAAUACUACAAAUUUAUUUACGCAGCAUCGUUUUUCGUCGCGCGAUUUCGCCGAUGUCGUUAACUCGCAUCGAACGUAAUGCAUUUAGUCACGUUAAAUAUCGAAGCACAUACAUAUGUAUAUCAAUAUUUUUCCACGCGGAUGAAGUGUUAAAAGUUAUUGCUUCGAUUGUAACAGACUAAAUUGGAUAAUCGUCUGAAAGAAAUUGCCAUUAGCAAUUGUAAAGCGAGCGAUACGAUUUCUGCGAUGGAAAAAGAAAAUCGCCGUCGUCACAUUGCGAGUUGUUCGGCAAAAAUGGACUUGGUUUUUCGAGCCACCUUCCGUCCGUCCCGAAAAUCAAAAGAUAACAAGGAGGAACAAAUUAUACGAAGGAAGUUAAUAAACGAAUAAUUGCAAAGCAGCACACAAGGGAGCGAUCGCUUAGGUACUUAUGAAAAAUGUCGUUUAAUCAAUGUACUUAAAUAUUAACACACGUAGAUCGUUGUUAGCGAGAUCGUUGCUAAUCGACGCACGUUGUCGAUGUCUUCUUCUUUAUUCGUCUUUGUAUCUUUUUUCAUUUUUUAUUUUAUUUUAUUUUCUUCGGACUGACAUUUCUUCCGUUUUUCCUCCACUUAUUUCCCGAGGGAGUGCGUGAGGAGGAAAUGUGUACAUAACGCAGCAUAACGAAUCGUUAUAUCAUUAUCACGUUUACGUACUUAUUGUUUUCCUUUUACGUUUCUUAGUCGAUGUACGCUAAUUUACACGGUUCAUUUGACUAGGAUCGAGGAGGAGCGAUAGCGGCGUCUUGGCUGGUCUCCAACACCGACGACGUCUAUGUAAUUUAUUCGGACGCUGAAUUCUUUUUUGUAACUUUUUAAGCGACGCGAUCAACGGGUCUCGUUCUGUUAGACGUUCUCUUCUUCUUCUUCCCGUUCCCGGGGAAGCACGGAGAUCAGCCAAGACGUGUUCCGGUGUCUCGUUUGACUGAAACAGGCGAGUGCAUUUAGAAAAGCGGACAAUACAGUGGCAUACAAACACAUAUACAUAUACACGUACACGUACUUAGAAAGAGAGAUAGAUAGAUAGAUAGAGAGAGAAAGAGAGCAAGAGAGAGACGCCGGGACAGGGAUAUAGGCGAAUAGAUGCACCGCGUGCCAAAUUCAAAAGUGCAACCGCGUUGCCUGCCAGUUGGAUGGUACAUCGCGCACGCUUACGUGGUUGUGUUGUACAUAGUAUCGCCGGUCGAUUCCUGGAUCAACAUGCGAUCUUAAUGCGUGUAUAUUUCGUAAAGGUAUCCUUGUUCAUUUUACAUUGUAUCUGCCACUGUAAAAAUACGGUUUAUUAUAUAAUAUCUGUUGUGAUUAUGAACAUGCCUUUUGUUUCUUUUUUUUCAAAAUGCACACACUUUUCCACAACGAGAGAUGCCAAUCUCUUUCCACUUCCUCAAUAUUUAUAUUUGUACUAAUCACACAAGAGAUGAAGAUUGAUUGUUUUCUUUCUAAUUAUACGAAUGUUAAUAUUUCUUUAAUGUUACAUGUUGAAGAUAUUUUCAUUUCUUAAUACUGUUUCCUUGUAUAGAAAUUGAAAAGAUACAUUUUGAUUGUAAAAUACACUUUGUUAACUGAUCAUAUUACUGAUUAUUACUGAUAGCAUUUUAAUAAAUUAUAAUAAAGUAAAAUACAGAGAACCAAACCAACAGCCUAUAUUUUAAGCCUAUAUUUUUUAAUACAUAGUGAUAUAAGUCAUGUAUGACAGCAUUUUCUAUGUUUAAAGAGUCCUUUUUUAUGCUAAUACACGAUAUAAAUUAUUCAGAUAUUAAUUUAUCACAUAUAUAAUAACAAUAUGCAAUCUCGCCAAAUUCACGAUAAUGCAAAACCGCAAGCAGCAACAUAAAUGGACAUUUUGACAUUUGAUAUUUGUUCGAUCAAAAUUAACAUUUAUUUUUCAAAAAUAAUUGGAAUGUAAAAGCAAAACGUUAUAUACAAUUCAACUAACAUGGGGACUCUUGAGGACGCCUUCGCAAAAUUUCCACCUAGUGUUCCGUCGCGAUGUUCUCCAAGAUCACCGCGUAUUGAUUAUGCGUGUCCGAAAUAUUUAUUUGACGUAUCACCGCGUCCCUAUGGAUCUGCCGUUCAAUACCAGCUUACAUAUACUUGUGACAGAAUCUCUUAUUCGCCCUGUUACUUUCCUGCCAUUCCGCGUUGUCGUUCUUCUGAAAAAUCUCCGAAGAAAGUAACGUGUUGUUGUCUCAAGUGGUUCGACUGUACUGGCAAACCUGUUUUUAAAUGUCAAAAUAAUUAUACGUAGUCAUCAAUUAAUAAUUAUAUCAGAGAUACACAGAGUAUAUUACACAGAGAAAAGAAAUGUAUCGAUUUUUACAAACAAAAGAUUGUUAAUCGAUUAAACAGAAAUGUUGGAUACUUCGAAAUUUUUAUGAAAUGUAACGUCUAAAUUUUUCAAGUAAAAAAUAAGAAUGUCUUCCGCUAGUCACAAAGAAAAGAAACGACUAAGUACAUUGCCCCCACCGUGUUAUCACCGCAGACCGUUACCAUUUUGUUGUCCAAGCGAUGGCUGUUUGCCUCCUGAACCACGACUUCCUAGACGUUGUCGUUCUCCACUUUCGUAUCCACCAUUGAUAUGUAGACCAAAACCAGAGUCCCCGCCACGAUCACCUACUAUAUGCAUCGCUGGACCUUGCGCACAGCCAUCAGUCCCAAAAUCAUAUCGUCGCCCGUCAACACCAAAAAUAUUGCCACCAUCCUCCUGCGUUCGAUUUUGCAUUCGAUGCACAAACAAAGGAUUAAGUUAUUACCCUUGCUACUGGUCUAAUUUAUUGAAAUGCCCUAACAACAUCUGUUAGGAUUCUAUUUACAUAUAACACAGCACAUUUAUGAUUGUAACACAGAAAGUCUUAAGUUUAAUCAUCUAUGAAGAUAAAGCGCAAUCAGCAAUCUGCAAAAAAAUAGAUUUAUAUUUUGGGUUUUCCGAUUAUUAUAAACUGAGAUUAUAUUAUAGUGACAAAACUAUUAAAUGUUCAUAAAAAUAAAGAAAUAUAUUACUUAC